UUUUUUCAUUUUUAAAUAUUCUCUGCAGGGAUUUAUUGAUGCUCUCUAUUUGACUUUUAUAUCUAUAAUUUUAUAUGUUUGUGUGAUUGAUGAGUGUUUUUCAGGCUCUGUAAACACAGGUUCCUCCUGCAAUCUCUCAUGCCAUUGGCUAUAAGCGCUAAGAAGAUUACGACUGACUCUUUAUCUCUGAACACGACACAAACGGUAGGAAGAAACUGGUGUUUUAUUGGUUUCUUAGUGUGUAUUAUCAGCAGAUGAAUGAAUGAUUAUACUGGAAUACUGGGAGACAGUGACGACAGCGAUGACGGUAUGACACACACUUAAUUUUAGUUUUUAUUUUAAACAUAGUAGGCCUACCAGUUUUGAUCUCUAACAUAUUGAGAUAAACACUAACUUUAGUUGGUUAUUCCCGCUAAACAGAUCCAAACUCAAAGAACCUGCUGGCGGCGUCCUGGGAGAAGUUAUCCGUCAUGGACAGACUGGGAUUAAAGAGGUGUUGUACGAGCGUCUUCCAGAUGUGGACGGCAGAGAGAUGGUGGAACAGAUGAAGAACAGCCUCCAGAUGCUGGAGAGCAACGUAGACACCGUAGCGAAAACAGCAGAGAUGCUCGGAGCCGCACACCAGGAAGCGCGCGUCAGUCACGCCGUGGAAAUGAUGUCAAUUCACGUGGAGCAUCUCAAGAAACGUCACGCUUCAGAGAGCGAGGAGAUGCUGGAGGCCAGGAAGAUGCUGCACAGGAGGAAGCGUCGGUUACACAGCGACUCCACAGAUGACCGGGACCUGUUCAGACAUUUAUCACAACAGCCAAUACGCCGCAGGGUCAGCAUCACGUUACUCCCGACUCAAUCUGAGUUGAAGCGUCUAGAGGCUUCGUUUUUGGAGAACUGCGAAACCGGUGCGGACGCAAACGCAGAGUUUGAUACGCAAGAAGACCGGAGACAGGAAGUAGAUUCUCCUGUGAACAGUCUAAACCAAGAUGAUGAUGGCGACAGAGGUGUGUUUCAAAGUGUGACGCAAAUCACGUGCCAUCGCCGUCGUUAUCCUCCAAUCAAGCCCGAAGAAAGUUCAUGUGAGGGGGAGGAGUCAGAACAAGGGGAGGAGUCCAACCCUGAAAUGCGUCUCGUGGCACGUCGGCGCCCCCUGGUGUCCUGGAGGUUUCCUCACGGACGGAUCGUCACAGUGAUUUCGUUCGUGUUUGGUCUGAUAAUGCUGAUGGCGACUCUUUUAUAUGUAUUUGUGAUCGCGGGUGACGUCACGCGCCUCGGCCCCGCCCCCCGCGCGCGCUCAUGAAGCUUUAACGAGCUCGUGAGAGUUCAGGUAGAUGCUCACCAACUGCGUCUCCUCAUCACAUCAUCAUCAUCAACAUCAUCAUCAUCAUCACCCCUCCGGAGUCGGUUUGAGAAACUCGAGCCGCGAUGGGUCGCAAGGAGAUCAACUGCAGCUGGAAGAAGAUCACCAGCAACAUCAAGGAGAUCUUUGACUUCAAGGAGGUGCUGGGAUCGGGCUCGUUUUCUGAGGUCUACCUGGCGAGAGAGAGGAAGACCGGGAAUUUCUACGCCCUGAAGUGUGUGAAG